CAGAAAAAGACAAGACGACUACAUAGGAAGUAAUAGCAAAACAGCCAAUGAACACGCGCCUGACCUCCAUGAUCGCGGAGAAGUGUUUAUCGCGAGACAGCGGGCCUUCCUUUUCCCUUUUCACUCUGAGUCCAAGAUGGGAGUCGACAUCAGACACAACAAGGACCGCAAGGUGCACAGAAAGGAGCCCAAGAGCCAGGAUAUCUACCUGAGGCUCCUGGUUAAGCUGUACAGGUUCCUGGCACGUCGCUCCACUGCUCCUUUUAACAAGGUGGUCCUCAGAAGGCUCUUCAUGAGCAGGACCAACAGGCCUCCUAUGUCUGUGUCCCGCCUGAUCCGUAAGAUGAAAAUGCCUGGUCGCGAGAACAGAAUCGCUGUUGUUGUAGGGACCAUCACUGAUGAUGUCAGAAUCCAGGAUAUCCCCAAGCUCAAGGUGUGCGCUUUAAAAGUGACUGAUGGAGCUCGUCGCAGGAUCCUGAAGGCUGGAGGUCAGGUCAUGACCUUUGACCAGCUGGCUUUGGCUUCCCCUAAAGGACAGGGUACCGUGCUGCUCUCAGGACCUCGUAAGGGCAGAGAGGUGUACAGGCAUUUUGGAAAAGCACCCGGAACCCCCCACAGCCACACAAAGCCCUACAUUCGCUCCAAGGGCAGGAAGUUUGAGCGUGCCCGUGGUCGCAGAGCCAGCCGUGGAUACAAGAACUAGUCUUUCUGUUUGUGUAAUAAAUCCUUGUUAGGAUGUCUCAUACAAAUAAAGAUUGCUAUACAAAAUGUA